GCCGGCGGCGCGGCCAUGGCGAGCGGCUGCGCGGCGCGGGAGGCUGCCGCCGGUGUGUCUGGCGGCCCGCGGGAGCUGUGCUGUGUGGCGGCGGAGUGCUCCUGGCCCUGCGCGCCGCCGGGCGGCCUGGCCCGGGCGCUCUGCCUGCAGCGGGACGCGGGUGGCGGUGAGGCCAGCACCGAGGCCGUGGUGGUGGCGCGGCGGACGGGCGGCGGGAGCGAGGUGCCCUGCGUGCUGCAGCUGCAGUGCCGGCCUGCCGCCGGGAUGGUCUCCGUCCGUGUCCUGAGCGAGGCCCGCAACAUGGAGGUGUACGUGGGCGAGGAGUACUGCGGCACCAGCCGGGGCGAGAGCCUGGGCACGGCCCGGGGCCCGGGUGACACGGAAAAGGUUACUUUGUACCAAAAAUACCUCAGGUUCGAAUGCCCUGCAGCCUCCUGUAGAAUUAAGCUGCUCUCCAUCGGUGAGAAGCAAACGGUGCUCAUCAGUAAAAUAGCGGUAGAAGUGAAAGCAGUGUCUGCAGAGCCAGCACCUGCCUUUGCUUCGCUAGGCUCAAACAUAGAUCUGGACAGAGUGCAAACCAUCAUGGAGUCCAUGGGAUCUAAGCUGUCUCCAGGUGCUCAGCAGCUCAUGGACAUGGUCCGGUGCCAGCAGAAAAAUUGUUCACCUUUUGGAGACAAACUUAACUGGAUCUUGGGGAAGCCUUCAGCCUUUGGAGGUGACCACACAAAAGAUGGGUUGCACAGUGCAGCCAUUCAGAUCUCACAAGAUGAAGCAGCUGGUGAGCCUCUCCCUGUUAAAAGUCACCUAACAAGUGAAACAGCAUCUGGAGACUUGCUUCACACUAGCACGCCAGGUGAUCUGAACGCAGCGGCACCCGAGGGAGGGAAGGCUUCUGAUUCUGAAGGACUGACUGCCCAGCAGAAUACAGCUGACCUCAGGAAUUACUGUAAAGCUGUGGGAUCUCUGUGCAUGCAGCAACAAGUGAGCCAGCUCCCCAGGGCAGCAAAUCCCCAGGUGCUGCUUCCUUUCCUGCAGAGCCUGUGCAGUCAGGUGAGCCACCUCCGGCUGAAGGACGGCGACAGGCAGCUUGGUAGAAGUGCAGGCACCAAAGAGGAAGGCAUUCAGCUUGUUGGGGUAGAGCAGCAGCCUAUUUGCUCCUAUUUGGAAAAGAUCAUUUCAAAAAACAUGGACCUGAUGGAGAGAAAACUAAUGGACUAUAUUGAUCGUCAGAUCCAGGCUCUUCAGACACACAUAGAUGACAAAAUAGUUCUCUUAAUGGACUUGGUACAGAGCUCAAAGCCACCCAAGCUGUCAGAAGCAGCCUAUGAGUCUAAUGAGGGCUUCUCUAAUGGGGAGAGAUAGGUGCUGCAGCUCCACACCAGGACAGCAGGGGCACAGAGCUGGGUGUUGGUGGAGCUCAUGGCUAAAGAAGCUCAGUGGUUUGUUGCUGUAAUUCUGUCCACAGUUGUUAGUUCUGUGAGAUGCCCUAAGGAGGUGUGGGGUUGGUUUGGUUUGGUUCCUAAGUACAAGAAUUUUGUAUGCCCUUUGGGGCUUAUUUAUUUAAAGAGCACUGCUAAAAGACAUCUGAAACACAAUUUCCUAGUUUCAGUUUGAACAGUGGAGAAGUACUUUAAAGUGAGUGUUAGCAGUAGGACAGGGUAGCUUCUCUGUGCUUGUACUUUUUCAUUUCAGUCCUGUCAAAGAUGUUUAUUCCACCUGUAAGAGGAAGGGCAGUGCUGGCAUUGCUUGUUUGAGCCUCUUCAAGGACUCAGGUUUAGAUAUUUGAAGCCCAGCCUGAGUUCUUUUGAAACCUUGCUGGCUGUACCAGCACCUAAGUUAGGAACCUCAGCUCCUUCAGUGGUACCUAAACCAAGACUGUCACACUUUAUCCCUCCUGAAACACCUCGGCCAUGCAGGAGCAACUGACAUGAAAGUGUAUGUGGCAGACUUGUGG